AUAUAUAUUCAACGAGAAAAGUUUGCUUUACGAGACAAAGAAGCGCGUUCAUUGUUUGGAGAUUAUUCGUCAAAGUGUGUUUUUUCUUCUGAUUAACUUCAGCUUUUGCAUCGGCCGAAAAAAAUAAAUUGACUAUAAAACUAUCUGAAAAUUAAAGAAAAACUAGUUUACAUUAUCUUUAAUUCAAGUUCCUUUUUUCUACAAAAACGGAAUAAUUGAAAGUUUGUAAGAAAUAUAAUAAAUUCACAAUUAAAAAGAUGGCUCUUGAAGCAUCCCAGAUUUAUCCAGGUUGUGAAACAUUUUCAGCUGAGUUUGAUGAUGAUGGGGUUUAUUUUUACCAAGCGUACAACAGUGAAAUAGCUGAUUACGCAAUCGAGCAUCAGAAGUUGGGUGGGGCUAACUACAAUACAGAACGAAUGACCUGGAUCAAGCCCAGUUUUGCUUGGGUCCUGUUUCGAUCCGGUUAUGGGAAGAAACAUAAUCAGAACCGAGUUCUUAAGAUCAAAUUGUCACAUGAAAGUGUAGCAACUUUGCUCAGCCAGUGCAAAUGCAAACACGGAGGCGGUGGUAGUCUUGGUCGGGUCCAGUGGGACCCAGCACGUGACCUCUGGACCUCCGAGGGACGGGAACCCAGAAAAAUCACCCGACAAAAAGCCAUUCAAAUUGGUCUCAAAGGACGGCUGAACAAACUCUAUGUUGAAAGCAUUCUGUCGAUUGAUGACGCCACAUUAUUGUGUCAUAGAGUUCACGACGCUCAUUCUAGGAAGUCAGUUGAAGUAAAAGAAGAAAUGGAGAAAAUAAAAAGUGAUUUGCCAAUUGAGAGAACUUAUUUGCCAAAAUGUAGUCCAGUAAAUCUGAUGAAACUAAAAUUGCUGCCAAUGGAAUCAUUAUAAUAACAUCAAUUUUGUGUUUUUGAAUAGAUAAUGAUCUGCUUUUCAA